CUUCACCAAAGCAUAUCCAAAACACAAAACACUAAGACACACAAGCAGACCAUUCUAUUAGUUGUAGUAGUUGUAGUUCUCCUCCGAAUCAAAGGGGUCAAAUUCAUUUUCCUUUCUUCGUUAAGCCGUGACAGUAAGUGCACACUAACACACAGCUUUCUGCUUCUAAAAUAUCGAAAAUUCAGCUUAUAAGUUUAGCCGCAAAGCCCACACAAAGGCUUGUUGAAGAAAAACUCAUUGCACUCUUGCAAUCAUGUAAGGCUCUAAAACAACUCAAACAAAUCCAAACCCAGAUAAUUAUUCACAGCUUCCUACACAAUAAUGACUACUACUACUUCAUCGCAAGAAGAUUUAUCACAGCUUGUGCUGAGCUCAAGAAAAUGGCUUAUGCACGCAAAGUGUUCGAUCAAAUUCCUGACCCGCCGAAUAUUGCGCUGUGGAAUGCAAUGUUCAAAGGGUAUGCUCAAAAUGAGUCUUAUAGGGAAGUUUUAGUUUUGUUUAGUAAUAUGAAGAGCUUGGAUGUGAUGCCCAAUUGCUUUACUUUCCCUCUUGUUUUGAAAUCUUGUGGGAAAAUUAAUGCAUAUGUGGAAGGCCAGGAAGUGCAAUGUGUGGCAAUAAAGGGUGGGUUUAGAGCAAACCCAUUUGUGGGAACUACGUUGAUUGAUAUGUAUGCGGGUGGAGGAGCAGUUAGAGCUGCUUACAAGGUGUUUGGUGAGAUGGUUGAGAGGAAUGUAGUUGCUUGGACUUCGAUGAUUAGUGGGUAUAUUUUGUGUAGUGAUAUGGUUUCUGCACGGUGCCUUUUUGACUUGGCCCCUGAGCGAGAUGUUGUGUUGUGGAACACUAUGGUUUCGGGUUAUAUUGAACUGGGUGAUAUGGUAGCUGCAAGGAAGCUUUUCGAUGAGAUGCCUAACCGGGAUGUGAUGUCUUGGAAUACAGUGUUGAAUGGUUAUGCGAAUAAUGGAGAUGUUGAGGCGUGUGAGAGGUUGUUUGAAGAGAUGCCUGAGAGGAAUAUUUUCUCUUGGAAUGGAUUGAUUGGAGGGUAUGCCCGAAACGGGAAAUUCUUUGAAGUUAUGGAGACAUUCAAAAGGAUGCUAAUUGAGGGUAAUGUGCUUCCUAAUGAUGCCACACUGGUGAUCGCAUUGUCUGCUUGUUCGAGAUUAGGAGCUCUUGAUUUAGGUAAGUGGGUUCAUGCGUAUGCGGAGAGUAAUGGAUAUAAGGGAAAUCUUUACAUUGGGAAUGCUUUGAUUGACAUGUAUGCAAAAUGUGGAAUUAUAGAAAAUUCUGUUGAUGUGUUCAAGAGCAUGGGUAGAAAGGAUUUGAUCACGUGGAACACCAUAAUCAAUGGCAUAGCAAUGCAUGGACAUGGGAGUGACGCCCUUAAUCUGUUUUGUGAGAUGAAAAAUGCUGGAGAAACACCAGAUGGAAUCACAUUCUUAGGUAUCCUAUGCGCUUGUACACACAUGGGCUUAGUUGAAGAUGGCUUUUCAUAUUUCCAGUCAAUGGUUGAUGAUUAUUCAAUUGUGCCUCAAAUUGAGCAUUAUGGUUGUAUGGUUGAUCUGUUUGCCCGAGCUGGUCUUUUAGACCAGGCAAUAGAGUUUGUGAGGAAGAUGCCCAUGGAAGCAGAUGCUGUUAUUUGGGCUGCCUUACUUGGGGCAUGUAGGAUUUACAAAAACAUUGAGUUGGCUGAAGUGGCUCUUGACCAGCUUAUCAAACUUGAACCAAAGAACCCCUCAAAUUUCGUUAUGCUGUCAAAUAUAUAUGGGGAUCUUGGGAGAUGGAAAGAUGUUGCACGACUAAAAGUUGCAAUGAGGGAUACAGGGUUGCGAAAAUUGCCAGGAUCUAGCUUGAUUGAGGUCAACGAUUCUGUUGUUGAGUUCUAUUCCUUAGAUGAGAGGCAUUCUGAGAGAGAGGAAAUCUAUAGAGCCUUGAGGGGGUUGACAAAAUCGUUAAGAUCAUUUGAAUAUCUACCAGACCUGAUGGAACAUGAGCAGGGAGGUUAAAGAUAACGGAGGGUUAAGGCAAACACUUAUUAAAGUUUUAAUUAACUUAACACUUAAAAAUUAAAUUUCUCAUCUCUUGAUUCUCUUAGUCCCCUUUGGGAUUAAAUUUCUAUUUUGUUGAAUAUAGAGUUUCUUAAAUGAAUUCUUUUGCUUUGAAAA